AUGUCGUGGGAGGAAAAAGUUAGUGAAAAGAGAUCACAGCUACGGUCAAAGAUACCCAAAGAAUGGUUAUUGGAAGAUGAAGUCUUGCAAUUUCUGAAAAACGAGAAGAAGGAUUUGAAUAAAAACCUCGAUUCUCUCUGUUCGAAGCUCGAGAAUGAGAUUACCAACUCCACCAUUUUAAAAUUAAGAGAAAAACUGUUGGCUCAGGAAUUGACUUGCUUUCAAAUCAUCAAUGCAUUUUGUCAUCGUGCAGCUUUGUGUCAUCAAAUUGUAAAUUGUCUUACUGAAAUAAUGUUCCAAGAGGCUUUCCAAGCGGCCAGGGAAUUGGAUGCUAAGAGACCGGCCAUUUUGCCGCCCCUAUAUGGUAUACCAAUCUCGCUGAAAGAUCAAUGCAAUGUUGAGGGUGUGGAUACAACAAUGGGUUACCUUGGAAGAGCCUUCAAACCCAAGACCAAGGGAGAAGAGUCGCUCAUAGUGCAGCAUCUGAGGGAACAAGGUGCUGUCCUCUAUGUCAAGACAACGGUGCCAUCGUCAAUGAUGGCUACUGACACUGCAUCGAACACCUUUGGGAUUACAUUGAAUGGGCUGAACCAAAAUUUCUCACCUGGAGGCUCAUCAGGAGGAGAGGGAGCGCUUAUUGCAUGCAGAGGUUCUCUACUAGGUCUUGGGACUGACAUAGGCGGGAGUAUCAGAAUUCCCAGUAGCUAUCAUGGCUUGUAUGGCCUUAAGCCAACAUACGGAAGAGUACCCUACUUGAGGGUGGACAAUUCUUUUCAAGGGCGGGAAUUAAUACCAAGUGUGAUCGGACCUCUGGCUAGGGAUCUGGACGAUUUGAGAUACUUUAUGAGCAUCAUAGUGAAUACCUGCAAGCCGUGGAUACAGGAUGUUAAUUGUGUGCCAUACCACUUCGAUUUUGAUAGGAUAGAAUCUCAUAAGGACUACGUCGUUGGUUUUUGGUACGGAGAUGGUGUCAUAACACCUCCGCCUAGCGAUAUCAGAGCCCUCAAGAUGUGUGAAGCAAUCGUAAAAGCGACUCCUGGUUUCAAAGCAGUGAGAUGGCAGCCACCCACUGAACUUCACAAAGAACUGCACGAUAUAGCCAUGAAGGCCGAUAUUGCAGACGCAGGAGUGGAGAUCAUGAGCGAGUUUGACGCCAGCGGCGAGCCCUUAAUAGAUAUUCUAAAACUCAUGGUUUUGGGUGAAGAGACUCCGACAUGCACCGUGAAUGAAUGGUGGACAUUAAAUAAAAAAGCGUACGCUGCGAAGACUGCCUACAGAGAGUAUUAUAAUAAGUUUGCCCCAGAAGAUAAAGUGGACGUCAUAGUGGGUCCGAUCACUCUUACCCCUUUCAGACCUGGGGAUAUGUUAAAAACUACUCUGAGAUAUGUCUUGCUGGUCAACGUGUUAAAUUUCCCAUCACUAAAUGUUCCUGUGACAACCAUUAAUCGUAAACUUGAUACUUUGAUGGAUACGACGAAAGCUUUAUCCUCUGAAGAUACGAUGGUGAUGGAUUAUUGGAACAAGCUGAUUGAAUCCGACGAUGUCGAGGGCUUUCCAGUAUCUUUACAGAUCAUGAGUCCCACUUACGAUGAUAAUAUCGUUUGUAAGUUUGGAAGCUGGCUAGCCAGUCAGCUUGCAAAAAGCAGUUAG